GCAAAGCAACUAUAACAAAAACAACAACAAAAUUAUCGCUAAACAAUAACAACAACAAUAAUUUACAACAACAAAAAAUAGUAUAUCAACAACAAUAAAUAUAUUUUACCAAAACAACAACCGCAAACCCCACACAACUCGAGUGCAAUCCAGUCACCACCACCUCAACGAAAACAACAACAACAACCCUCCACCCCACCAAACACCACAAAAUCCACCAUGCAAGCCAUCAAGUGUGUCGUCGUCGGUGAUGGUGCCGUCGGUAAGACCUGUCUGCUCAUCAGUUACACAACAAAUGCCUUCCCCGGCGAAUAUAUACCCACCGUCUUCGACAACUACUCGGCCAAUGUGAUGGUCGAUGCGAAACCCAUUAAUUUGGGUCUCUGGGAUACGGCUGGACAAGAGGAUUACGAUCGUUUGCGACCACUCUCCUAUCCCCAAACAGAUGUCUUUCUCAUCUGCUUCUCACUGGUGAAUCCAGCCUCAUUCGAGAAUGUGCGCGCCAAAUGGUAUCCGGAGGUGCGUCAUCACUGUCCCAAUGUACCGAUCAUAUUGGUCGGCACCAAGUUGGAUUUGCGCGACGACAAGGCGACCAUUGAGAAGUUGAAGGAGAAGAAACUGACACCCAUUACAUAUCCACAGGGUUUGGCGAUGGCCAAGGAAAUCGGUUCUGUUAAGUAUCUGGAAUGUUCGGCAUUGACGCAGAAGGGCUUGAAGACGGUCUUCGAUGAGGCCAUACGUUCGGUGCUGUGUCCGGUGAUGCGCGUCAAGCGUGCGCGCAAAUGUGCGCUGUUGUAAGGCGGCAUGCUGUUGAUGUUGUAGCGCAGUGAGCGAACGCAAUGCAGUGCGCUGGUGUUGCCACCUUUUCAUGUCUCUGUCAACACAGCAUAUAAUGCAUAAAUUUCUUCACAUGUACAUACA